GACGUCAUUGCUCCACGGAGGACCGACGUCAUGGGUGAUGGCCUUGCUUCUGUCUUCGUUGAACAAAUCCAAAGCGACUAUUAAUCUGCCUUAUGCUAUAAAUUAGCUGCAUAAUCUCUUCGCUCUUUCACUCCACUCAUCAUCCAAAAAAGCAACCCAAACAAGAAAAAGAAAUUAUCAGUUUAAACAAUGGCGGAGGCUUCAAGCAACGUUGUUGAGACGAUCAACAGUGAUUGUCACGAUUUUAAGUCGCUUUUCUCUACUUCUGAGAGGGAUUUCCUGGUACGCAACAACAGUGAUCAGGUUAAAAUUGAAUGCUUGAAAGGGAAGAAGCUUGGAUUAUAUUUCUCAGCAUCAUGGUGUGGCCCUUGUCUAAGAUUCACUCCUAAGUUAGUUGAGGUGCACUCUGAACUCUCUCCAAAAGGCGAUUUUGAGAUCAUUUUUGUUUCAAGAGAUAAAGACGAAGAGUCAUUCAAUGGUUACUUUUCUAAGAUGCCAUGGCUUGCAAUUCCUUUUUCUGAUUCAGAGACACGCAGCAGCUUGGUCAAGUUGUUCAAGGUGAUGGGAAUACCUCAUCUUGUGCUCUUGGAUGAAAAUGGUAAAGUCUUGACUGAUGAGGGAGUUGAGAUCAUUCUAGAGUACGGAAAGGACGGGUACCCUUUCACCCCUGAAAAAAUCCAACAACUAAAAGAUUUAGAAGAAAAGGCCAGGAAGGAACAGUCCAUAAAAACUCUCUUGGUUUCCCAUUCACGUGACUUUGUAGUUACAUCUGAUGGAAACGAGGUACCUGUUUCUGAACUUGAGGGUAAGACUGUAGGUCUAUAUUUCUCGGUGUCUUCAUACAAGGCAUCUGCUGAUUUUACUCCAAAACUUGCUGAAGUUUAUAAGAAAUUGAAAGAAAAUGGGGAGAAUUUUGAGAUUGUUUUGAUAUCGAUUGAUGAUGAAGAGGAUUCCUUCAAGGAAAGCUUUAUGGCACCUUGGUUGGCAUUGCCCUUCAAAGACGAGACCUGUAAGAAAUUGGCUAGGUACUUUGAGCUCUCUACCCUUCCAACUGUUGUUAUUAUUGGGCCAGAUGGGAAAACUCUCCACUCUAAUGUUGCUGAAGCUAUUGAAGAACAUGGGAUUCAGGCCUAUCCCUUCACCCCUGAAAAAUUUGCGGAGAUUGCAGAAAUAGAGAAAGCAAAAGAGGCAGCACAAACUCUGGAAUCAAUUCUGAUUUCAGCGGAUCUGGAUUUUGUCAUAGGGAACGAUGGAGCUAAGGUCCAGGUGACCGACUUGGUGGGAAAGACCGUUCUCUUGUACUUCUCAGCACAUUGGUGCCCACCAUGCCGUGCCUUCACGCCAAAGCUUGUUGAAGUAUAUAAGAAGAUCAAGGCAAUGGACGAAGCAUUUGAAGUGGUUUUUAUUUCUAGUGACAGGGAUCAAGCCUCCUUUGAGGAAUAUUAUUCAGGAAUGCCCUGGCUGGCACUUCCUUUUGGUGAUGCUAGGAAGCCAUUAUUGAGUCGCAAAUUCAACGUCCGAGGCAUCCCUAUGCUUAUAACCAUCGGACCAACUGGAAAAACUGUUACAAAAGAGACCAGGAAUCUGAUCAUGGCCCAUGGGGCCGAUGCUUAUCCUUUCACUGAGGAGCGUUUGAGUGAGAUCGAGGCUGAGCACUAGAUGGCAAAAGGAGGAAUGAAAUCCAAAAGAAGGCUGAGUCUCUGAUGGAGAUGUCUGCACUAGAGUUUGAUGAAUCUUUGUCCUUGGGUUUGGUGGUGGUAUUAUCUAUAUUUCAUUUAUGUUUGCAAAUUUAGCAGCUGCAAUGUUAAGUCUAUGCUUUGUUUCUUCAAGGGCUUGGACCUAGAAAUUGUCUGGUAUUGUCGGUAUUGUGUGUGUAUAUAUCCAGUUGUUCCUACUGCUGAUGUAGCCACGAUCAUAUGUAUGCAAUACAAUAAAAACU